AUGGCAGAACCCUCGGCCAGUGGCAACGGCCACAUCGAACCCGUCUUGGAAGUCGACAGUUACAUGCUACCCAACGAUGAGAAGGAAUGUGAUCGUCUGGAUAUGGUCCAUGAGAUGUUCCUAGCCACCACCAACAGGAAACUCUUUCUUGCGCCAAUUGGGCCCUCGCCGCAGCGGGUGCUGGACCUGUGUACGGGGACUGGAAUAUGGGCCAUCCAGUUUGGUUCGUGCUCAAACUUGCCGGUUAUUGGUAAUGAUCUGAGCCCUUCUCAGCCGACCCUCUGCACCAAACCCGGCGGCUGGGUCGAAUUCCAGGACUGGGAUCCCAUGAUCUACUCCGAAGACGGAUCCACCAAAGGCACCUCCAUUGAGCAGUAUUAUAUUCACACCUUGGCGGCCUAUGAGAAGGCCGGAUACUGUGCCCGUGUUGGUCCUCACCUCGAAGAGUGGUUCCGUCAGGCCGGUUUUGUCGAUAUCAAGGUAACCAAAUAUCGCGUUCCAAUGGGUGUCUGGCCUAAAGACAAAUACUAUAAAACCCUCGGAACUUGGAACCUCCUGCAGGUCGAGGAGGCCGGUUUCGAGGCGAUGGCCAUGGCCGUGUUGACCCGUCACGAAAAUUGGUCUGCGGAUGAAGUGCGCGUCCUGGCCGCAAAGACAUUGAAUGAUGCGAAGAAUCGUGCGAUUCAUGGGCUCUUUGAUUUCUACAUUGUUUACGGCCGGAAGCCCGAGUAA